AUGUCGUUCAUAACGAAAAGGGAGCGCGUAUUCAACGAAUAUGACCUUUUCGAUUUACCAGCAAGAAAUGAGGGUAAGUUGAAAGCAUACGCGUCAUGCACCGAUGCCAGAGCAUGGUCCCACUUCUGCUCGGAUAAGAGUGAACAUCUAGUAGAGAUAAUUAAGAGAAAUAAUGAGACAGUCCGCCCAAAGUACCUGCCUACAAACGUCAUCGUUGACACGCUGAUGGUAGCGAAGAAUGCCGAGAUCGCUCGAUUGAAGCAGAAGAUUGAACAGUUUGAGCAAAUGUUGGCCGCUUAUGAUCAACUAGAGCUUUCUUGUGCACAGAAAUGCGAAAUUGCCGAUGCACACGCUGCAAUUAAAGCUGCCAACAAAGAACUUAAUGAUAUGUGCCUAGACUUAGACUUGUCCGGUUUCACAGAGGUCUUGGAUUCUGAAACGUACGAGACCGGAAAAUCCAGAGGCGAUGGUGAAGAGAUUAUGCCACAAAUGUAUGAUCACGAGGGACAGGCAACCCCCAUGACUGAAGUUAAAGCUUCCCAGAUUAGUAUAAAUUGUACCUGUGAAGCAGAAACGCUUGCCAUUGACCCAAGAAUAGAUGAAAUGCAAGAAACUAUUAUUGGUAAAGAUGCAAAAUUAAAUGCAAUGAAAAACACGAUUGCAGUUAUGGAAAUCGAUUUAUGCGAACCUUACUGCAUUUAUGCCCACAUAUAUACAGCAUUGGAAAAAAUAUUCGGAAUACUUUGCCAGAACGACAAAUAUAGACAAUAUUUGAAUUUGCUGACUGCAGGGAAAAAUACUCAAUGCAUUGAUAUAAGAGGAAAAAUCCUAUUCAAACUUAAAGUUCUUGAAAAAUUCUGCGGUGCCUUAAUAGCCCCAUGUAACCAACAGUUCAAUGAUGACACUACUAAUAAUGAUUGUGAAUGUUAUCGUAGUGAAGUAAUAACGCGUAUUGAAACCAAUUAUGCAAUAACAUCAGCAGAACUGUCUCACACCAUUGACAACAAAAGAGCACAUCUUGUAGCUGACAUUAUUCAGAAUGAAGAGAUGAAAGAAAUUCUUAGCAAAGACAGUUUUUCAGUUAAGCAGGACACAGAUAUAUUAGAGGACGUUUACUUUUUACACGAAUUUAACAUUGACUCAGAAAACUUAAAUCGGUUAAAGAAAUUGCAAGAAAAUUACGACGAUUUAAUGACUUGUUAUGAGUCUUUAAAACAUGAAAAUGAAUGCUUGGGAAUACGCUGUCAUAAAUACGCUGAAUUGGAAAAAGAAUUUGAAAAUUUGAAAAUAAAAGUUAACGAAUAUAAUUCAUUAUGGAAUGAAAAAGAGCACUAUCGUAAACGGUCUGCUGAUCUUGAUACAUUAAAAGAACAAUAUCUUAUUCUCACUGAUGAGACUACUAACUUAGAAACACAAUUAAAAGCUGAAUCAGAAAUUAAUAACAUUAAAUGUAAAACAAUCGAAGACUUGCGGAAUGAAAACGUUCGAUUAGAAAAAAAAUUAAAUGACGCUUUGCUUAUAUUUGAAAAAGAAAAAAGUACAUUGUUAUGCAAGUUAAAAGAAGCCGAUUGCCGGGUUUUGUGUCAAGGACAGCAAAUUAAAAGUUUGUCUAUACAAAUAGAUAGACUUCUUGAGCAGGAUCAAAAAACACUUAGUUCUCAAGAGGCAGAAAGUACUUCUUUAGCAUUAAUUGAUGAGGUUGAAUCCAAUAGAGAUCAAAUAAAGAAUUUAAAAGACGCGUUAUUCUGUAACGAAGAAGAGAAGCAAGGUCUACAACAGCGAUAUCAAGAUCAAUUAAAACUAAUUACUGAACUCAGGAGCGAACUAGAUGAUUGGAAAUGUGCUUACGAAAAAACAUUACAGCGUAAUGACUAUUUAGAGAAGUAUACUGAAAGUUUAUUAAAUGAAACUAGAGUUCUAACAGAAGACGUGAAAAAAAAAUCUGAGGCAGUAGAAAAUUUGUUGAAAAUAGUCGGUAACAAGUCACAAGAAAUCAACAAGCUUAUACAUGAUUCAGAAAAGAGUAAGAAAGAAAACAAAGAUUUAGCUAAGCAGAUUAACGAGUUACAAAAGAGUUUUAAUAGUAAUGUAGUAUCACUAGAAACGGAAAAAGUAGAAGCAUUAAAAUACCUACAAUUAGCGAGAGAGGAAAGUGAAGAACUGUUGCAGAAGGUUAAAGAUUAUAACGAAGUUAUGCGGGUAAAUGAUGAUGUAAUGAAAUCUUUAGACAUUCAUGAGGAAAUAAGAAAAGAACUCGAUGACAACAAAAGUCAAGAUAAUGACUUAGCUAGUUCCGCAAAGAAUAAUUCCAUGCUAAAAGAAAUCCAACGAUUACGCGAACUACACAAAUUUGUUGUCAGUAAUGUUAAUAGCUUAGAAGAUGCUAAUAAACAAUACAAAACAUCUUUACAAAUCACCCAAAAAGAAAGUGGACAGCUGAAAAUCAAGUUAAGUGAGUAUGAAAAUUUAAGCUUACUAAUGAAAAACUUACAAAGUUCCUAUGAUAAACUUUUAGAAGAGAAAAACAGGCUUGAAACUGAAUUAAUGGAAAAAGGAAUUGAACUUGAAAACGCAUUACUAUCUAUACAAAUCACUAAACGAGAAAGUUACGAUCUGAUAGAUAAAUUACAACAAUCACAAAAUAUAAAAGAUGAAUUACUUCGACUAAGUGAUGCAUACAAAAAAUUAGCCAUUGAAAAACAUGCUGCACAAACAGAUCUACUUGAAACUAAAACCCAAAUGGAAAAUUUAUUACAGUCGUUAACCAACAUGAAACUCCAUAACGAAUGUUUACUACAACAGUGUGGACGACUCGAUGAAGUAGAGAGAGAAUUACAAGAUACAAAGAAGGCGUACAAUUCAUUACUAUCAGAAAAGAAUACUUUACUUGAUGGCUUCAAUGACAAAAAAGAGAGAGAGUUCAAUAAUUUGUAUGACAUGUUAGAAAAAAAAAUAGAAGAAAACCGAGAACUCACCGAACAAAUUUCGUCUUUGCAAGAAAAUCAAGCUGUUACCAAGAAUAGUAUGCAGUCUUUGCAGGAUGAUAAUUUGAGGGCUCAAGCUACACUAAACGUAAUAAAAAAAGAAAGUGCUGAUCUUCUUGAACAACUCAGACAUUAUAAAACUUUAGAAACAGAAUUUGAAAAAUUAAAAAGAGCCCAUGAUCAAAUGAAGAUCGAAAAAGAAAAAUUACAAACGGAACUCAAUGUACAACUAGCCGACCUGAAAAGAAUAGAGGAACAAAAUAGUGAAUUACAUUGCCACAGCCAAAAUUUAAUUAUACAUAGCGAACAAUUAGAAAAAGCAUUAAUAAAUUCGAGGACUGAGCUCAUUAAGAAUACUGCUUCUCCGGAUAAUUCUUACAAACAUGUAUUGAUGGAAAUUGAUGACAUGAAACGAGAAAAAAUGGUUAAUCAAAAGAAGAUUCGUGACUUACGGGACAAGCUAAAAGACUCGGAAACUACUAUUUCUAAUCUUAGUGAAGAGCUUAUGAUUCGGAAUGACAAAAUAGCAAUUUUAGAGAAUCACAUAAACAAACUGGAAGAUGAAGUAAGGAAACUUCACAUUAAUUUGUUUGAAGUUGUUAAUACCGGUGAAGAAAUGAAAGAAUAUAGUUUCCAAAAAAUAGAUUCUAUCAAAAAUAUUGAAGCUCACCACUCAAAAGCAACACAUAAUAUGAAAAUGGAGUUGGCAAAACUACAACAACACAACGCAGUGUUAGAAGAACAGCUGUCAGUGUCUAAAAAGUCAUCUGAAGAAUCGUCCCGAGAUAAUAAUAGAUUUGUAUCUGAAUUAGUUCACUUAUGUAAUGAACGAGAAAUAAUUGUGACCGAAAUUAAAGGCAUAGAAGUAACAAGCCUCGGUGAUAGUGCUUUAUCACCAACAAAUUGUGAUAUUGAAGAUAUCUUACUAUCACUAGAUAGAAUCCGAAAAUGUUAUGAAUCCAAAAAUUCUAAAAGCUCCUUGCUUGAACAAACAAUAUUAAAAGUACAAACAUCUUCUCAACUUCUUUUGAGUAAAGCGGAUGAAGCUAAAAGACUGGUUGAAAAAGAAAAACAAAAAAUUAUUAGUGAGAAAGAAGAUGCUAUAAGAGACAGACAAAAUAUGGAAAAGCAAAUGGUAGAGUUGAAAGAAAAAUUGGAAAAACAAAUGGCUGAUGAUAAAUCUGUUAUCCAAGAUUUAGAAGCAAUGAUACUAAAUCAAAAGUUAAUCAUUGAUAAAAUAAAUAAAUCAACUCAAGACUACAUUUCUAAAUUAAAAGAGGAAUUACAAAGCCUCCAAAACUUAUACAGUGAUUCUAUAACUAAAAUUAACGAAUUGCAAGAAGAGUUGCAAAAUAUCACUGAAGACAGAAAUUGUCAGAAAAAAAUACUUGAAAAUCUAAAAGUGAAUUUUGAAACAAAAUCUGAAGAGAUUUGUGAACUAAAAAAAGAGUUAGAAAAGUAUAAAAAUAAACAUUUUGAUAGCACCGGUACCCAAACAAAAACCAUAGCUAGUUAUCGUAGCAGAGAAACAGAAAUUGAGAAAGAACUGUUAGAAAAAGGUAAAAUACACAUAGGUUAUGAUGAUGCUAAACCUAAGCCAAUAAAUCGAACCCUAGAAGAUCUAGACAAAGAAGAUAAACUAAAACAGAGCGAGAAAGCAAAGCAACACAACGCUGAUUCAGAAAUUAUAAAGCAAGAAAAUACACGACAAAACGAGGUACAAGUUCUUACCGCAAAUGUUAUAUCAAAUUUUGAUUACGUAAAAACCAGUUACAAAGAAUAUAAAAUUAAAUGUCUUAGUACAGGAAAAAUUCAACAAUGCUCCAUUUCUUGCCCUAGUGAUAAAGAAAUUAAUGAAGAUCAGCCAAAUAGCCAAUCUACAGGAAAAGAAGAAGAAAGUGAAUAUUCUUUCUCUGAUAUCAAAGCUGGAAAUAGUAAUUUAAACGAUACAUAUAAUAAAGGGUCCAAUUAUAAACAUACUUCCAGACCAAAGACUACAUCUGGAAAUAUUCUUGUUGAUAAACACAAUCCGAAGAAAGCAAGCGCACUUGUUGGUUUUGUUAUAACUGACAAUAGUAAUGGUAAACAUAAAGACAGUGAAAAUGUACCCAUAAAUUCUGCAUCACUUAAUAAAGAUUUAUUGAUUAUUUACAAAGAUAGUCAUACUAGUUCAAUCAACAGGGAACAAGAAAAAGACACAUGGUCAGAUAUGACAAUUGAAACGACAAAGGGUAAUUCAAAGAAGGACAAAAACGACGAUGUUAAAUAUAUUGUUCAAGAUUCUUACUCAGGCCCUGACGAUCGAAAAGAUGAUAAAGAUAAGACUACCUUAAAAAUUAAAAUGCCAAGAGUCGAAAAUGAAAGCAAUAAUUCCUUGAUGACUACCUCGGACUACGAUAAAAAAUCAUUAGGUUCAUAUACUUUGGAUAUUUAUUCUUCACCUAAACAGACACUAGAAUGUGUGUCCGUGUCAGACACCAGAAUGACUAAUAAUGGAAGUGAUCGGAAUACAAAAAACAGCACUCCUUCUUUACAAGAUUUGUAUAAUAACAUAUCUCACUCCCAUGGUGAAAAUACCUUAAAAUACGACAUCUAUAAAAAAGUAGUAAAAUCAAAUGCUUCUAGUAAAAGCAUUAAAAAUAACGUAAAACGAACACACACAAUAUCAAAUGAAAAAGAUAAAAUACCAAUAGACGGAGAACAAGGAUCAAACCAUAAGCUAUUACGGGUAGAUGCAGAUGUUUUGCUGCUAAAUACAGAAGAAACACGCACUAGGCUUCCUAAUGAUAAAGUUAUACAAAAGAUUCGUGACUUUGGUUUAGAAUAUAUUUUAGACAUUGUACAAGGUGAAUUUGAUCCUAUAAAAACAAAAAACUUUACUGAGAAUAUAGCCAAAUUGAAAGAAGAGAAAUCUAGAAGUCUUUCAAAGUUAAAUGACUCAAAAGUAUCUUCAACUGAAAAUAAAACAAUUUCAAUCUUAAGUAGAAAUAGUAACAACAGCAUUUCAAGAGCUUUCAGUGAAAAAAGUGUUAUGGUCCAAUUGGACACAAAGGUUGACUAUGAUAACACAAUAGACUCUCUAACAAAGGCAUUAGAAAACGUUGAAAAAGAUUAUAAGAAGAAAAUUGAAGCUAUAAAAAUGCAGUAUGAUAAUAACAUAAAGAGUAUUAUUAAUGAUCACAAUCAAGGGGUAAAAAAUAUACAAAAUCUACAUGAAGAAACUCUGCAGGAUAUGUUAAAAAUACAUGAAAACGAAGUAGAAAAUUUGAGGUCAAUGAGUAUAGAAGCCAUGCGAAAGGCGGAAAAGCUAGAGAAAGAGAACCGAGCCUUGAAAACUAAGAUUAGUGACCGUGGAAUGAUAUGUUUAGAGGAGGAACCCAUAAAAAUGUCUACACAUGAUCUGAGAAAACGGAAGAAGUGUCGCGGUGACACGAAAUUGUUGACGAAGACGACGGUCGAAGCUUUUAAUGUGAAGCCUAAGCCACGCAUGCACGGGCCUUGCACAUGUACCCUAGAUGUGAACAUUUCUGACACCAUAAGAAAUAUAUUCGAACAAGUUGAUGUUGAGCAAAGAAAGAUGGCUGAACAUACGUAUUUGAAAUAUAUCGCUAAUAAAAUGCUAAAUGGAAAUAUUGAGGUAUUAGAUGGUCAUGAGUUAUCGUUCCUUCACCUUAAAGUAUGCAGGAUGUGGAAAACAAAGUUGUCCAAGGAAGAAGCUCUACGUAGAAGAAUAGAUUCCUUAGAAACUGAACUAGUGAAUAAACAGCGGAAUACACAACAACAUAUUGCGGACCUGGACCGUAAAGUAGCCGAGGAGAGACGACGUCUGCAAGAGGUCUGUGAAGCUGUCUGUCGGGCUUCACCUAGAAACUCCCGCCCCUCCAGUCCUGCUACAGAGAUAAGCUCCAUGCCACCGCCAUCAUCAACUGCUGAAGAACAAAAAUUCUUAUCUACUUGUGCUUGCAAUGGAGAGCUGGGAGUAAGAGGUUCAGCCGGUGACCUCACUCUCUUUAGCGGCGGCAUACGGACGCGGUGCACCACCACCCGCAAUGACAAAGAGAAGGGAGCUUUGGCAAAGUUGGACGUCGAAGAUCGCCGUCGUGAGAAAAAGUUGUAUAACGACGAACCUCCGACAAGACUACGUCGUUCACACGACCGCCAGGUGCGGUCCAAGAAGUAA